ACUCAAUCUUGUGCUGUUUGUGCUCUUUACUACCAUAUGGACCAGGGAACAAUACAGCUUCCUCUUGAUAAGUCUGUUACUGUAAAAUUGCCUUCAAUGCCAGCACUAGAAAGCAAUGAUCUUCCUGAUCUCCAGUACUUCCCUGAUCCAGAUAGUGUUAUCACAAGGACUCUUCUUGAUCAGUUCUCUAACAUUGACAAAGUUGAUUUCAUUCUGUUCAACACUUUCGAAGAAUUGGAGGAUGAGGUGGCAACAUGGAUGGCAGAAAGGUGGCCAAUUAAGACAGUUGGACCAACAGCUCCACUACUUUUUGUAGACAAAAGACUAGAGAAUGGCAAUGAUCAACAAGGGAACUAUCUGUUUGAGACAAACGCUGAAGCUUGUUUAAAAUGGUUGGACGAAAGAGAAACCUGUUCUGUAGUUUAUGUAUCGUUUGGGAGCAUUGCAGCGCCCGGAGAAGAUCAGAUCGAGGAAGUGGCAGAGGCCCUCCUGAGGAGCAACUGCAAAUUCCUUUGGGUAGUCAGGGAAGAAGAAGAGAGUAAGCUGCCAAAGAAUUUCAAGUCUGAGUCUUCAGAGCAAGGCCUAAUCAUAAACUGGUGUCCACAACUUGAGGUCUUAGCCCACCGGGCGAUCGCGUGUUUCUUGACUCAUUGUGGAUGGAAUUCAACCAUUGAAGCUCUGAGUGCAGGUGUGCCAAUGAUAGCAGUGCCACAAUGGGUUGAUCAAACUACUAAUGCUAAGUUUAUUGCUGAUGUAUGGCAAACGGGGCUUAGAGUGAAGCUAAAUGAUAAAGGAUUUGUCGGAAGAGAAGAGUUUGAGUAUUGUAUCAGAGAAAUUACUGAGGGUGAAAGGGAGAAGAAGAUCAGAAGAAAUGCUAAGAAAUGGAAGGAAUUGGCCAUACAGGCAGUAGGAGAAGGUGGAAGUUCUUGUAGGAACAUCGAAGAUUUUGCAACCUCACUUUUGUCCAUACCCUGA